UUGGACAUAAAAGAAAUCUUAGUCAACUUAUGUGUAAGCGGACCCUAGAAAAAUGCACUUAGUGCACCACGUGCCAUCGCCGCUCUCCAUUCAGCUUCCAAAUUAAGAGAUGAAGCUAGAACAGACCAAAGAAAACCAACACCGAGCAAAUGGACGCCACACAAACACUCGAGACAGUUAAAAGGCAUGGUUAAAUUUAGCAAAGCCAAUGGCCGGGCAGCCAAGUAAUUAGGUACCAAAGCCAACACGCGCGCGCGCGCACGAUCGGGCACGCACGACCCCGCCAGACUUCCUCUCCACCGCGCUCUCUCCUCCCCUUCCCCUCCAAGGCGAACCAAGAAACGCCCGCCGACCUCGCCAGCCUUCGACCACCGCGAUGUGGUCGUCGUGGAGCCGGCGGAAGCCAGCCGCCGGGCGGCUCACGCAUUCCCCGUCGUUAUCCUCGUCUGCCACGUCGCCGUCCAAAGAGCACAGCGGCAUCGGCUCCGUCCUUGACGAUGCGGCGGCACCCCCCGCCGGCGGAGGCAAGAUCGUCCUGCACCGCGUGCGGUCGUCGACCAAGCUACGGACGUGCAAGUCGUUCGCGGCGGCCGAGGAGGCAGCGGCGGCCGCGGUGGCGGCCGAGCGGCGUGUCGUGCUCUACUUCACCUCCCUACGAGCCGUGCGGCCCACGUUCGAGGCCUGCCGCGACGUGCGCGCCAUCCUGCGCGGCCUCCGUGUCGGCGUCGACGAGCGGGACGUGUCCAUGGACGCGGCGUUCCUCACCGAGCUCCGCGCGCUGAUGCGGCGGGACCAACCGCCGCUGCCGCAGCUAUUCGUCGCCGGACGGCUCGUCGGAGACGCGGAUGACGUGCGCGCGCUGCACGAGAGCGGGGAGCUCCGGCGCGUCGUGGCCGGGGCGCCGCAACUUCCACCCACGCCGUGCGCGUCCUGCGGCGGCUCGCGGUUCGCCCCCUGCGUCGCGUGCGGCGGCAGCCAUCGCUGGUUCAGCGAGAAGACUAGGGGGUUCCGUGUCUGCGCAGCGUGCAACGAGAACGGCCUCGUGCGGUGCACCGCAUGCUCCCGCGGCUGAAGCUCCUCACAUAUCGGAGGCGACCAUAUCGCGCAUGGAAAUGGAAGUGCUGGCUACCUCAAUUAUCAAAUGUGCCUGCCCCAUUCGAUUGAAAUCCAAAGGAUAUGUUCCUCAAACCGUGUGAUUUGUGUGAAGAUCGAUGUUUGGACGUGGUUCAAGCUUAGCUGAUGUUCAUGA